GACGAAAUGACUCUGGAUCAAUUGGAUGGUCAAACAUGACUUUCCAACACCGCCUCCACCGACAACGACCAGCUUGUAUUCUCGAAGGAACUGUUGAUAGAAAACGACGAAAGGGACACGAGUUAGUGAAAAAUACCAAAAGGUGCCUGGCCGGCUAUUUACUUCUACCCUUUCCCUCGGGAAACGGACAUUGGGAUGGAUGGAUGGAUGGAGGGAUGGAGGGAUGGAGGGAUGGGAUUGAGACGGGAGAGAAGGAGAUGGAGGAAUGGCGUUGAGUUGAUGCUACUAACCUUUGAAGCCAUGGUGACAGCAAUGUGGUUGGUUGUGGUGGUCUGGGGUUGCAGAGAACCGAAACUCGUGGGAGGCUUGGACUACUACAAGUCCAGGUGAAGGGAAUGAUGACGACAAAGAAGCUGAUGACGACAAAGAAGCUGACGACGAUAGAAGGAUUCAAUUGUAGCCCUUGGUGGAGAGGCUGGUUUGAGCGAUAGUGGAAGGGUAGGGUAGAGAGUGUUCUAGGGAGGAGAAUGGGCGCCAAAAAAUAAAACGAAAAAAACUACCUGACUACACCGGGGGGGGAGCGAGAUUCCGCUUGAGGCCACAGAAAACAAAAGCCAAGCCUGGACACACAGUCAGGGGUGAAUUGGAGAGAAAGUUGGAUAGUUGGGUGGCUGGACGAGGGGAGAGGAGAGAGAACGAUGAUGGAAGAGAAGAGAUGAGGUGAGGUGGGAAUAGAAUGGAUGGAUCGAUGGAUGGAUCGAUGGAUCAGUUCUGACGGCGCUUUCUUCCCUUCCUUGAUGAUCGAGAGACAAAUAAUAAUGGCUGGAGGCGGGGAUUGGAUUGUCGAACUGUGGUCUGCGGUGUGGCUGUGGUUUGGCGGUGGGUUCUGGAUCUGGAGUAAUCUGUACGUAGUUAGACCAACCGGAGCUACUGUUGUUAGGCGGGUUUAGGGACAAACUCGGGGCGGUAGGGGGCUGGUUGGGGCGCGUUAUUAGGGGUGCGGUUUGGAUGGUUGCGGCCAAGGGUUAGUGGGUUUAGUAGGUUUAUUAGUUAGGUUAUUUGUUGGUUGGUUUAGUCGGUUUAGUCGGUUUUGUAAGCUUCUUCGGAGGAAGGUGUGGUGUAGUACUCCGUACGCUGUAGUGGAGUUGGGGAGGGGAGGGAGUCAGUCUGGUGAACACUCACUCACUCGCAAGAAUUGUGUGGUUGCUGCAUAGAGUAUGUAACUACUUAAGGGAGUUUCAAGGAUCAGGGAGCACGAGUUACCCCCAGGUGAACCAACGAAUUACACAUUGCAUUUUCUAUUCCACAGCCAAAAUGCUACAUUCCUCCUCCUGCUGCUGUUGUGACUCUACUUGAUAUCAGAUGGUUGGUGUGUGCGUGUGUACCUAUACAAAGGGGGUUGGCAUUGUGUUGCCUGGACGGAGUAGUUACUCCGUACGGAGUAGUUAACUAAUGAAGAUGCCAUUUGUGACUUUGGGCCACACGGUUGUAUUCUCCAGACUUAAAACUCCUCCUAUACAUCUCCCUCUGUACAUGUACUGCAUCUACUUGUACAACCCCUGGUAUACACAGAAUAUACCUGGGUAGAUAGAUAUAUCUUAUCUUCACAGAACGCAUCCAAUAUAAUAAAGCUCCAAAUGUCCCAAAACUACUCCCGCAGUUCGUGAUUUUCCUAUUCAUCACCCAUUAAUGAACCCUAUUAUCAAUGAUAUCCAUCUAUUCGUCGCCAUCGGAGGCGCGAUCACAGACUGCCAGAUUUAUUAGCCCAAUCGCCCACCUUCUUCUUCUCGCUUCUAGGUUCACCCGCGCUAGCUGCGCUCCAAGCGCUGCAUGGCAUGGGCUUUUUUCCUUUUCUUCAUCCCUGGCUCAGUCAACCCUAUAAAGUCGUCGUAUUUGACCGCCGCCCCCUCAUGCACAGAGUCGUGGGCAAAAAUGCAAGGGCAUGCAACCUGAACCCGCAUUUCCAGCUCUCUUGGCCGGCUCUCAUUCGCACCAGUCCCCAAGACGGCUAAGUUACCUCGAACGAUGAAAAGUAAGAAAAGAAAAAAAAGAAAAAGAAAAAGAAAAAGAAACGAUAGUUAACCCUGCACAACAUGCACACCAAUGACAUCUCCUCCAGUCGGCAGUCCAAUUCGGGUGGAGACUGCUUCUCUCGCUGCUCAUUUGUGCGCUCCGCUCUCAAGCUCCCUCCAUUCGCCCUCCGAUCACCCUGUUGUGAAUCCAUUAUUAUCCUACGAGCAAUUGCUCUCUGUUGUUCUCUUUUAUGUAACCUUCUCGCUUUUCCUUCAUUUUCGCCUUUUAACAUCUUCCGGUUUUGAUAACCAACACUACGCUGUAACUUCAAAGCUUAAAGAGGAUGAAUAUGACAUUCAACUAUGUACGGGCUGGUCGUAACGAAGCCGGAGGCUAAAAGGAGAACACGAACAGCGUUCCAAUGGGACCCCCUUUCUCCCAAUCCACUCUUCCUGUCCCUGAAGAAGCUGUCUGGCCAAUUGGAGAUGGCUACUAAAUAAGAAAUCAUGAUGGUAUCAUCGUCGUUCAUGGGAAUUUGCUAGCAAAGCCUGCCCCAGGCUUCAUUAUUUGGCACAGGCCAAAUAUGGCGUAAAUUACAGUAGCUAAUACCUGAGGACCCCACUGACUGCCCACCAUAAUCCUGAAAAUCUUCAAAAAGAAAGGUCCCUCAAUGACAGAAACAAACGUCACUAGAAGUCGAGGCUGGGAGACAAGCAUCACUUGCCCGCCGCUAUUCAGCAAAAGCCACGAAUAUUUCCUAUCUCAGGAUGUCCACAAAUUUGCACAUGCGACACGACAUGCGAUGCAUGCAGCACAAGACGCCAAGCUAACAAGCAGUUCGGGUCCCAGAUAUCUGGAUUCUAAGAUAAGCAUUCAAGCGUUAAAAAGUCAUCGACGAACCAAAGUUGAGGAUAAAAGGGGCGUUGACCUCAACCCCACUUUCUCUGUAUUCGAACUUGAGAACCUGUCAACAACAUGCGCAGUAGUGGAAACAAAUUUAGACUAACAUGGGAAGGUCAGCGCUUUAUUUUUAACAUUAUUGCUGUACGAAAGGAAGAUAAUAACCC